GUUGGUUUCUUCCUGCUGUUCGUGUUUCAGUUGUUCGUGGCAGCUGCGAUGAUUAUUUUCAGGGACAGUCUCGCUGAUUAAAACAAACCUUUUUUUUCCUUUCAUUAUUAGUAGAUCGCUAUUUACAUUACAUGUUAUUUAACAUUAGUCUGUGCUGUUCAAAACGUUGUGCACACUUUUGACAGGUUGUUGAACUCCUGCUGUCUGUCAUUGCAGGCUGACUGACACAAGCUGAAAUACGAAUAUCAAAGUGAGGACUGCGGCAAUGGAGCUUGUGAAGCAGCAGAAAGUGGAAGAUUUCUAUGAAAUUGGUGAAGAGCUCGGGAGUGGGCAAUUUGCCAUCGUAAAGCAAUGCAAAGAGAAAACUACAGGCUUGGAAUUUGCUGCCAAGUUCAUCAAGAAACGACAGAGCAUGGCCAGCUCUCGAGGAGUGCGGCGGGAGGAAAUAGAGCGUGAGGUGAACAUCCUUCAGCAGAUUCAGCACCCCAACAUCGUCACGCUGCACGACGUUUACGAGAACCGCACCGAUGUGGCACUCAUCCUGGAGCUGGUCUCUGGUGGUGAGCUGUUUGAUUUCCUGGCCCAGAAGGAGUCUCUGAGUGAGGAGGAGGCCACUCAAUUUAUCAAACAAAUCCUCGAGGGGGUGAACUACCUUCACGCCAGAAAAAUAGCCCACUUUGAUCUCAAGCCUGAAAACAUAAUGCUUUUGGACAAGAAUGCGCCGUUGCCGAGAAUAAAACUGAUUGAUUUUGGUCUUGCCCAUAAGAUUGAAGCUGGGGUUGAGUUCAAGAACAUCUUUGGAACUCCAGAGUUUGUAGCACCAGAGAUCGUCAACUAUGAGCCGCUGGGAUUGGAAGCAGACAUGCGGAGCGUUGGUGUCAUCACUUACAUCCUGCUGAGUGGUGCCUCUCCUUUCCUCGGGGAAACCAAGCAGGACACACUGGGGAAUAUUUCAGCCAUAAAUUAUGAGUUUGAUGAAGAAUUCUUCUGCCACACUAGUGAGCUGGCCAAGAACUUCAUUAGCCAGCUGCUCGAGAAGGAUAAGAAGAAAAGAUUAACAGUUCAAGAAGCCCUUAAUCACCCAUGGAUCAAGUCCAAUGAACACAAGGGACCAAAGAAAUGUGAGCGGCGCCAAUUAAAGACCAAGCGCCUGAGAGAGUACACCAUCAAGUCCCACUCAAGCAUGCCACCCAACAACACCUACGUAAACUUUGAGCGCUUUGCCCAGGUUGUGGAGGAUAUUGACCAGAUGGAGAGCUCCUUCAUUAGCCUAGCUGCAGCCCAUGACUCUCUGCAGGAAGAUAUAGAUGCUAUGGUCUCUAUAUACAAUGAAAAGGAAGCCUGGUACAAGGAGGAGAGCGAGGCCAUGCGCCAGGAGCUCUCACAAAUCCGCUACGAGUUCCGUAAGGUAGAGGCCUUGAAGAGGAGCGUGCAGGACGACAUGCAGGCUUUCAGCUGCAGCCUCAGUGCCAUUAGUGACCGCUACCAGGAGAGGCAGAGCCGCUUUGAUAGCCUGCACCUGGAGCUUAGCACCAAGCUGAAGUGGGUGCAGGAGGUCAUGGGCUCAUUUCAUACAGAUGAAGGAGGUAGAGGAUACCCCAACUGCAGCUUCUCCACAGUCUUCAACAGUGACAUGAAUGAAACCCUGAAAGAGCUGCUCAGUUCCUGUGGAGGAGAACUGCUGUCUGGGAUCAACCUGGAGUUCUCUGAGACUGAACAGCAAAAAUGAUUCAGCAAAGGCUAAAUCACCGAUCACCCAUUUAAAAGCACAGUGUGUUCAAGAGGCAGCAAUUAGCAGGACUGUACUGUAUGACGCCCAAAUAAAUAUUACACAAACAUAUACACACACUA